AUGCCCAACAAAGCCCAAGAGGAUGCUGUUAUUAACCUGAAGACACUGCAGGACAUUUCCAGUCAGCUUGGCUUUGAGUGGACAGUAUUGGGGUACGAGCUUGGCUUCAACAGGACUGAGAUUGGGCGAUUCCACGCCAAAUCUACACAGAAGAGUGUCCAGGCUAGGACCAUGUUGGAAAGCUGGUAUGAGAAGUCAUGGGAAAAGCCCAAUAAGACCAAGCUGCUGCAGGAUGGACUGGAGCGAGCAGGCAGACGGGACCUGGCUGAGAGACUGCACUGCCUCCACUGGGGCCAUCAGAAGCUGAGCCAUAGGGUUGAGCUGCCCUCGGCCUUCCCCUUCCUCAUCACCGUCCACAAGACCAUCCACAACCAAGACGCACUACGCAGGAUCAACGACCUCAACCCUAGAUACACUUAA